AUGAGCUCCGCCUACGGACGUGAUCCCCUCGCCGGCGUUGACCGUUCAGCCGCCCCCUCCACUAGUCGCAUGGCGACCACGUCCGCCGUCAGCAGAGCGUCUUCUCGCCCGACAGCACAGGUUCAGACGGCACAGCUGGCGACGACGAGCAGCCGCAACGACGGUCAGUAUUGUCCACGUCCGGGCGAUGACGGCGCUGCUGCCGCCGCCGACGGGACGAACGACCGAGACGACUGUGAGUCGCUGACACCCAGCACAGAGUCGUGGGUUGAGAUCGACUCGCAGCCGUCGUCUUCGUCGGUGUCGUCCAUCGCAGACGAGAUCGUCGUGACCGGACUGCGCGUUGGCCACAGCGCAAACGGCCGCAGCGGCAGCAACCUGGCCGUCAUGCCGCAGCGGCGUCGACGUCUGUUGCAACAGGUCGAGGCUGAGGCUGUGGCCGUGGCUGCCAACCGCCCGCCAGCAUCGGCCUCCAUCUCGGUGUCCGUGCAUCUGGCUCCCUCGCCGAAACGCGCUAGCACAGCCGUCGUGGCCGCCUCGCGCGGCUCGGCAGAGAGCAGCCAGGAGGAAUACGACGAGUCGGAGAGCGAGGAGGAGCGGCUGAUGACCAGCUCAACAGAGCACGUCCACGUCCGCCAUCCUCCCACGCCGCCCCAGCCGUUUGCCCUGCUUCAGCAGCAGGCACAGACGCGGAUGCAGCAGCGGGCGGCUGCCAGCGAUGGCGACGACGAGGACGAUAAAGACGAUGACGACGGAACAGCGCUGGGCACACCGGCAGCUGGUGCCCCGACCUUCCGCCCGCAGCCAAACGCCUUCUCCCACCCACCGCACCACCUGCAGCAGCAUCGCUCCGUGCCUUCGCCCCCCCACCAACAAGCGGCGGCGUCUUACACGCGGCCGUCGUCGCUGUCGCAGAGAGGCGGCUCGCGCGGCUCGCGUGGCCCCAGCGGCGCGCCUCGCUUUGGCACGUCCACGUAUCCGCCCAACCACGAGGACAAUGACGCUGCCCUGCGCGCAUCCCUGACCACGCUGCUCUCAUGUGCUGCAGCUGCCCGGGGCCUGCCCAAGAAGGAGGCUGGGGCGUAUGGCGAGGCAUCGGGCAUCUCGUCAGGCCUUCGAUCCAGCUCCCAGCCAAUGGACCUGCGGCUCGUCCCCGAGUCCGAGCUCAUGGACGAUGUCCCCACGGGAUCCCGUUCUCAUGUUGCCUUCCAGUCGCCGCGGCUGCCGUCACGGUUGUCACCGCACGGCGGUGCAGCGCAGCCUCACCGCAGCGGCAACGGCAAUGGCAACGGCAGCGGCGGUGCUUCUCGCUCUGGGCCGCGCUCCAACAUGCGCACUGUGCCAUCGUCUCGGGGCAGCGCUGUGAGCGCGGUGUCGUCGUCGAGCAGGAGCAAGCGGGCGACCAAGAAGAAGCGGACGUCGUCUUCGGCCUACGGCGAGGGCACGGCCACCACGUUUCUCACGCCGACGAUGCUCACCUGGGUGGUCAGUGCCGGGGUGGUAGUUCUGGUGUCGGUGGUCGGCUUCGGGGCCGGCUAUGUGCUCGGGCGCGAAGUGGGCAAGCAAGAGGCCGUCUCGGCUGGCGGUGCCUUUGGCAACAGCGCGGCGUCCAACGCGACGUCGUCCUGCGGCAACGAGAUCAUGCGGUCGUCGACGGGAAGCACGCUGCGGCGGUUCCGUUGGGGAUCCGGCAUGACGAGAAGCGCGGUGGCGUAG